CUAUUCAAAUGGAAGCGACUGUGGACUGUGAGCGCCCUCACACAGAGGCACACCGCUCGGUGUGCGGCCGGCUAUAAAUAGAACCAAAGAUGAUGCUGGGAGACUUUCACUAAAGUUAAUACUAAUUCAUAUUGUGUACUAACAGAUACCGUCCAGAAGAUCAGUACGGCAAGAAACAAGAGGGCUGCAUAUGUGGUGUGUCGCAGCAGAGUAGGCCACACAAUGAGCAUCCAGUCAGCCAUUAACAAAGAGAUAUUCAUCCCGCAUGAUGAACGUCUGCUGGUGGCGGUGGAGGUGUGGAGGAGGAAGAGGAAGAGGAUGUCCUUCCUGCCUCCAGCUGGAGAAAGAGACUACAGCACCUUCAUCUGUGUGUCAGUCAGCAACACGCAGCCGCAUCAACUCCUCAUCACCAAGGUCAAACAAUACGCAGGCGCUGAGUCCUUCAGAAAGAGGUCCAAGUGGUCGGUGGACCAGCUGAGACAGGUCAACGGGAUCAACCCAAACAAGGACAGCCCAGAGUUUGACCUGGUCUUUGACAGUGAGACAGAUCAGUGGGUGGCCAGGUCUUCAGCCGAGAAAUGCAUCUUCAUCCAGAUCCUGUACCACGCCUGCCAGACCUACUGGGCGGGGAAGCUCGGGAAGCCAGGGAAACUUAGAAAACCUAAGAAGGGAAAAGCCCCACAGAGCGGAGACCAGCAGGCUGAAGAAGAGCCGAUGGACAACCUGCCGACUCUGAAGGCCCUGCAGUCCAGAAGGAAGAGCUAUGCUCCACCCAAGCAAACCGAGUUCAUCAACUGCCAGUCCAAACUCACCGCAGACGCCUGCGCCAUGACCCUGGUCAUCUAUCGCUGCAAAGCGUUCAUCAACCGCAUGAAGAGCAAGAUGGCCGCCAACCAAAGCCGCUCAAAGGCUCAAGCCCAGCUGGCUCAGAGCGCCAGUGUAGUCCAGAGGGUCAGUGUGGCUCUGGGGGAGCGCGGCCAGAGACUGACCAAAGCUGAGGACAAGACCGUGGAGUUGCUCGCCAAAGCUCAACAGUUUGCAGAUGCUACCCACAAGCUCGCCCUGAAAUAUUCAAAAUAAAGAUGACUGCAAGCUACAGAAUGUAAACACUAAAUGUUUGGAGCCUCCGGAGCGUCGCUGUGUGUGAUACUAGCGAUUAAGGCUGUUGAGAUCGAGCAGGACUCAGUUCUGAAGCUGCUGUUUUGUCUCUGACCUACUGUGGAAUUCAUUCAAUAUAAUAAAAUCUAAAUAUUGGUGUACGUUAGAAGCUUGUAAUAUGUCAGUGUGUGUCUUCUCAGAGACUGCCUUGGUGCCAAGCAUCCCCUCAGAGUGGGAAAAGCUUGUGAUAAGGAAUGAAUACUCUGUUUGUCACUUGUGUCUAGUCUGUUCAUAUUUUUGUCAACAUUUGUCAUCAGUGUUUGUAACCAAUGUUUUCUGUCUGUCUGUUUGAUGUAGCAUUUGUCUCACUAUGCUUGCAGAUUAUUAAAUCUAGUUUACUGUAGUGUGUAACACGUGACACUAACUCCCGUAAAUAAAUGUAAUUUUGUCCAAAUUUAGACUUGUAAUGCAGAAUAUUAACCACCAGGGGGCAGCGUAACUAUUACAAAUCGACACACACUCUAGAGCUGAAUAAAAUGUUCAGAAAGCACAUUA